AUGGCGUUGGCGUGUAGGAGGAAGAAGAAUGAGACCUCGGGGUUUCGAGGACGGAGACGUGUCAUAGGUAUCAACGGACGAGAUGACAAGAGGGAUGGUGCAUGGACAGGACAGGACAGGACAGGACAGGUUGUCGCUGCGGAGAAGGAGAAGCGGGAUGCGUGGUUGCCAGCCGAACCCCAAGAAAAGAAUUCUGGAAUGGCCUUGAACGGAAUUGCAAGUCAUGGCAAAGGGCUCUCGUGGUCCGAGUCAGCAAGAUCGACAGCGUGGCAGCUGCCAUUCGGCCAAAUUGUCAUGCUGCUGACCGACAUGAUUGACCGCCGCUUCCUCGCCGCAGGCAGCCAGCAUUCGGCAAGGGGCAAGGGGCAGAGGACAGAGGGCAGAGGGCUAGGCAGACCACGAGGCAAGUCAGCUCCAUGGGGCUGCUCGAUUGCAUGCUCAUGGGUAACUGCUUUCAAUAUUGGACGAUCGUGA